UGUGCUCCGCAGCUCUUUCUGGUUGCAGGCAGCCAUCUUGCCUGGAGCUUGAGACAGGGAGCAGAGAAGGAACCGGUGACACCCGGCUCAGGGCCGCCCCGGGAGCCUCAAGAGCCAGGGGCAGCCCCGGAGGUGGUCCUGAGCCCUGGGCAAUGCUCUAGGAUCAGAAAAGGGAAGGAAGAGGCAGAAGGCUUGAUGGGUGGGGAAUGUCAAACAAGACUUGCUAGGUGGGGGAGGGGCGUUGCUAAGGCAACUGGGGAGGGCGGGGUCAUGUCUGAAUUGCUGCUGUGAGUCACCGGAGUGCUGCCCAGGAAAGGCAGGGCUGGGGUGAUGACCAUGCUAGCGACCCAGUGGGAUUUCGCGACAUCACCUGUGUGGAGGGACUUCGUGUCUAUGGCAACUGUCACCUGGUGGAAAGGGCGGAACUAGAUUUCCUCUGCCUGGGACGCCGGCGUUCCAAGCCCUUGCCCUGCAGACUCCCGCAGGCAGACGCGCCAUAGAAGGAAGCCAGGGAAUGGCCGCGGUGUGGCAGCAAGUCUUAGCAGUGGACGCGAGACUGAUAAUAUAGUUGACCCAGACUCACCCCAGCAGAGCUGCAAAUUGACUAUAUAGUAUCCAGACUGACCUUUUCCUCCUACCCGUUAUUAAUGCAGAAUUACCCCCACCACAGUACCAGGAGGACUCCCCCCUUUACCACUGGUACAACGCCUACCGCACGCCAACGCUUCCGCAGUUUCGGACCCAGUAUAUUCGCCGGCGCAGCCAGCUGCUGCGGGAGAAUGCCAAGGCUGGGCACCCCCCAGCACUGCGUCGGCAGUACCUGAGGCUACGGGGUCAGCUACUGGGUCAGCGCUACGGGCCACUCUCUGAGCCAGGCAGUGCUCGUGCCUAUAGCAACAGCAUUAUCCGCAGCAGUCGUACGACACUUGACCGAAUGGAGGAUUUUGAAGAUGAUCCUCGAGCCCUGGGGGCCCGAGGACACCGCCGUUCUGUCAGCCGAGGCUCCUACCAGCUGCAGGCCCAAAUGAACCGUGCAGUCUAUGAGGACAGGCCUCCCGGCAGUGUGGUACCCACAUCGGUGGCAGAGGCAAGUCGGGCCAUGGCCGGCGACACAUCGCUGAGUGAAAACUAUGCCUUUGCAGGCAUGUACCAUGUUUUUGACCAGCACGUGGAUGAGGCAGUCCCAAGGGUGCGCUUCGCCAAUGACGACCGGCACCGCCUGGCCUGCUGCUCACUGGACGGCAGCAUCUCCCUGUGCCAGCUGGUGCCUGCCCCACCCACUGUGCUUCAUGUGCUACGGGGCCACACGCGUGGCGUCUCCGACUUCGCCUGGUCCCUCUCCAAUGACAUCCUCGUGUCCACCUCCCUCGAUGCCACCAUGCGCAUCUGGGCCUCCGAGGACGGCCGCUGCAUCCGUGAGAUCCCUGACCCUGAUGGCGCUGAACUGCUGUGCUGCACCUUCCAGCCCGUCAACAACAACCUCACUGUGGUCAGGCUCCAGGACACCUGCUCACCAAGGGUGGGGAAUGCCAAGCACAAUGUGCAUGUCAUGAACAUCUCCACAGGCAAGAAAGUGAAGGGUGGCUCCAGCAAGCUCACAGGCCGUGUCCUUGCCCUGUCCUUUGAUGCCCCUGGCCGGCUUCUCUGGGCAGGUGAUGACCGCGGCAGCAUCUUCUCCUUUCUCUUUGACAUGGCCACAGGGAAACUGACCAAAGCCAAGCGACUAGUAGUGCAUGAGGGCAGCCCUGUAACCAGCAUCUCCGCCCGGUCCUGGGUCAGCCGUGAAGCUCGGGACCCCUCGCUGCUCAUCAAUGCCUGCCUCAACAAACUGCUGCUCUACAGAGUGGUGGACAACGAAGGGACGCUGCAACUGAAGAGAAGCUUCCCCAUUGAGCAGAACUCACAUCCCGUGCGCAGUAUCUUCUGCCCCCUCAUGUCCUUCCGCCAGGGGGCCUGUGUGGUGACAGGCAGUGAGGAUAUGUGCGUUCACUUCUUUGAUGUGGAGCGGGCGGCCAAGGCUGCUGUCAACAAGCUGCAGGGCCACAGUGCGCCUGUGCUUGACGUCAGCUUCAACUGCGACGAGAGCCUGCUGGCCUCCAGUGACGCCAGUGGCAUGGUCAUCGUCUGGAGACGAGAGCAAAAGUAGGGCUCCGCCAGCCCUGCACUGCCCACUGGCCCCUUCUCUCACUCCAGUCUUGCGUUGUAAAUAAAAUUUCUGUGGUUGUGUUGAGGGGCAACUCCAAGGUCCCCCACAAGGAGGCACUAGGGAGCACUGAGGCCUCCCGUGGACCGGGGUCUACUUCCUCAGUUGUGCAGUAAUGUAUUCAUCCCUUCAACAAGCACCGAGUAUGUGCCGUGAUGUGUCACGUACAGUAGACAGGAACGAGAGCACCAACUGUGUCAUCAGGGACUGUUCUGAGAAAGAGGGUCACUGCUGUGGCCUCAAGCAACAGAAAUUCCUGCCCUUGUGGCCUUGCAUCAUAGGGGAGGCAAGCAAUGGUAGACGAAGUACAGCCAUUCCUUGGAGUAUAAUUUUCCUUACCGUUUUUUCAACUUUUGGAUCCUCUAGUACUGCAGAACCACACACAUACACCCGGUCUUCUUUUUCUCCUUUCAGUAUGGUGUUCAGUAAAUUACAUGCGCUAGUCAGCAUUUUGUUCUAGACUUUGCAUUAGGUAAGCUUGCCUACCUGUAGAAUAAUGUCACUGUUCUGAGCACAUUCAAGGUAGGUGGGGCUAAGCUAGGGGGUUUGGUAGAUUAGGGACAUUAAUGCAUUUCCAAUGUGAUAGGUGAAGUUAUGACAGGUUGGUUGGGGUAUAAGCCUAUUUAAUGGACAAGUGUCUGUAUAUAAUACGGGAGUUAAAGAUGAGUGUUGUGAAGAAAACCAGAAAGGAGAUGAGGUUGUAGGUACAGGGAGGGGGCGGUGGCUUCUUUCGACAGUGUCAUCAGGAAAAGUGUCCCUGCCAGGAUGACAUUUUAAAGAUCUGAAUGACAUGAGGGAAGUCAUAGUGUGGGGUAGGAAAGCAUCCUCAACAGACAGAAGAGUGAGUGCAGAGGCGCUGACGCGAGUGUGCCGCGGGACAUCAGACGUCCUUAGUGCUUCUUGGGCCAGGGUGAGGAGCUUGGCUUUUCCUGAAUGACGGAGGCCGGGGUGUGGAAUCAGACGGCAAUAGAGAAAUUAGGGAGCAAUGUUGAGUUCAACCCCAGGGAUUUCAUCAGAUUAGACUGUAAAACAUCCCAACCUCACAGCUUCUGUCUGGGUGGACCCCACACUUAUCCAUGCUUUGAGUUGUGGCCCCCAAACAGGCAGCAGAAGUGUUGAGUUCUUGGAGUUCUAGAUUGGUAUGCAGGCAGCCAUGAACUUGAGCUGAACUACAGAUGCUGCUGUGGGGAGGAAGAAAUAGAAAAUCUGUAAGUUUACCUACCCCCAUAGCCUCCCAUAUCCAUCCAGGACUCUAAUCUAAGCCCUGGACCAGCUCAGAGACCAAUGUUCAUUAUUGGGUGUCAGCAAGGAAAUAAGUUCCAAAAUCAUUGUCAGUAUUUAGAAUCAUGAAGGCAUUUCACUUUGCAGAAUCACCAGGGGCCCUUACAGCUAAUUCCACAGAUCCAUAUGCUGCUACAUUUGCAUCAGUUGGAACUUCAGCUAACAUCUUGGGACCUCAGUCACCAACCUGGGAGCUCAGUGUUGCUGAGGUGUGGAACUAACAGCAGCUCUUUGAUGGAAGAAGCUAAUUCCCUGUUUGUUUAACCUUGUAACAAUGUGAUCACUUGUAGCCAAAAGCCUUUCUGGCUCCGUCAGACAGAUCUUAAGCAAAUAGUUAUUAGAUAAGGAUCUGUGAGCUGGACUGGUCAUGUUGUCAAAAUCAUGGAUGUGUACCAACAUUCCCAAUCCAGCUUCAGGGUCAGUGAUUUCCUAUGAGGACAGUGACAAGUACAACUGAAAGAUACAGUGAAGGGUACCAGACACCAAGUAAAUGCUCCCGAGGAUAGCAGAUCAGAGCUGAGCUUGACUCUUUUCUGUAACGGAUAGAUACACGGUUUCUACUAAGGUCUUUAGGUAGCAAGAUAAUUUAGGGAAAUACCACUUUUCUCUAGCUUCCUUCUUUUCUUCACACGCUUAAUGUUUUCUUUAAUGAGUCUGGUUCUAGGAUGAUUGAUGAUGAAUAUUGUUUGCAUGAUUUGGGGGGUUUCCUCCUUGUAAAAUUUUGAGGUGGCAGAGUGGAUAGUCUGCUUUAAAUUCAUCUUGGUGACACUUUUGACUUAGAACCUAAAGGAAACUAAACACUGAGCAGACAAGAAAGAAUAAAAACUAAUGUUAUUGGUCA